AUGUCUAUAGCUGCGCCCAUAAUCACAUUCAAGGCCGGAAUCUGUGAUCUCGAUACCUCUACCAGCCCUCCCCAAGUUAAGCCAAAAUCAACUCCAGGAUAUAUUUAUCUCUACUCCGAAGAUGAUCUCAUUCAUUUCUGCUGGCGACCUCGGUCUGCUGCACUUACGGAUCCUGAGCUGGACUUAGUAAUGGUACCAUCCGACGGCACCUUCACUCCUUACCGAUCAACCCAAGAAAAUACGCGGGCGCCCACGAACGGGCGUAUCUACGUCUUGAAAUUCUCUUCCAGCUCGCAGCGAUAUCUAUUCUGGCUACAGUCGAAGAGCCAACAUGAGCAUGACCUUGCAUAUUUCAGCCCCCGAGACCUGAAAUUAGGGGAGAUUGUGGAUACCCUGUUGCAAGGAGAAGAAGUUGAUGUACAGAGGGAGAUUGCUAAUCUCCCCUCGAACGAACACGGUGGAGACGAUGGCGAUGACGAUGCUACUAUGGAAGAUGUAGAAGGAUCGCACCACCCCAGUGACAAUCAUGGCGGGCACGGCAGCGGCGGUGCCGGUUUUGACGCUACGGGUGGUGACAUUCGCGAGGAAGGAGAAGAGUCCCGUGAAGGUGGUGCAGACGGCGGCCGAGCGGCUUCUUCUGGUCAGCCGGACGCGUCCUCGGUGAUACAAGGUCUUUUAAACUCUCUUCAAGGAGGAAACCAACCCGCUCAGUCUCAAAGCGAAGAAUACCUUUACACCACCCUCGCCGACUUGCUAUCACCCCCAUCAACAAUUCCGAUGAUUGAAUCCGCCGAUGACAACCAAGUUGACAACUUACUCAACUUUCUCCCACCAGCUCUUCUUCUCUUAGCGCAGAACAUUGACGACAUACCUGCAUCGGACAUUAACGCGGAGACGGCGCAAGCUGUUCUUCUCUCACUUGAUCUAGAGCAGAAGAGAGACAUUCUCCGUCGUGUAUUACGGUCCCCACAAUUCACCCAGAGCCUGGGCAGUCUUACUGUUGCUAUCAGAGACGGCGGUUUGCCUAGUAUCAGUGAAGCGCUCAAGGUCCCAGUGGAAAAUGGAGGGUUUGUUCGAAGGGGCGGCGUUCCUCUAGGCGGGGGAGUGGCAGUUGAGGCCUUCGUAGAAGGAAUUCGCAAACAGGUCACGGAAAGGCCCUCUGGCAGUCGCGGAGAUACCAUGGAGACUGACUAA